ACGCUGUACACGUACAGCGCUAGUACAGUUGUAUGUCUGUCCAUGGUAUAAACAAGCAGUGAAAAAGGAGACACUUUUCGACGAGUGAUUUGUAUGAAGUUCCACUGCCGUGAUAAUAUGCAAAACUGGCAAUGCUGCAGGUAAGCAGAUAAAUCAUAAUGGAACGUUAUCAUCGUAAAACUCCAUUGGAUGUUUUGAAGUCGAUGUGGUCAGCCAUACGGGAGGCUAUGGGCGGGGAACUUGAGCAUACCCGAUUAGUUAAGCACAUACAGAAACAAUUCACUUUCACAGCGGAACAAAUUGAAUCGUAUGUCACUAAUGCUGUUGUCGAUGGAUUGAUCCAAAUCGUUGACAAACCCAAGAAACCUAAGCCAAAGUCCGUUUAUCACUAUGCGUUACCAAAUAGUGAAAACUUCUCCUUUCCGGAUGAACAUCCGGAUGUUUAUUGCUAUGAGUGCCAUCGCGAGGGAAAUGUUUUGAAAUGUGUAAGAUGUGUACGAGUGUUUCAUCGUCGCUGUGUUAAAACAAUAGCCGACAAGUAUUCACAAAUGGAAAAAUUCACAACCAAGUAUAAACGCGUAAAUAUAGUUACAUUCGGUUUUUCUGAAACGAGCAAUAGAGAAAAUCGAACAAUGAUUUCCUCCGCACCCGUUAAUUCAAAUGGAAAUCAAAAUUAUAACCCUAUAUCAACAUCUCCGGUUGAUGCCAACGAAAACAAUACUGCUUCGCUCGUUGACCCUUCAUCUGCACGAGCAGUCAAGUACGAAGAAGAUUCAGAUGUGAAACAAGAGCAUUUAAUAGAUGAACUAUCAUCUGAUGAGCCGCAGUUUACCGGAGUUAUACGACCACCGAACCGCCGACUUGAGGAUCGUAUAAACACGCCAACUGUGAAACCGGAGGACCAUGGCAUUGUGGACAGUGCUGAAUUAAUAUAUAGAUAUUGCUAUCCUUGCCGGCAGGCACAUGGAAACCAAUACAACACUCCAACAAUGAGUCAGGCUGAAUUAAACUAUUUGCUUAAAUUUGUUGUCGAGGAAUACAAAUCCUGGCUUCCUGAUGAUACCUACUCUCCGACGAAGCUGUUUAACAAUCGGAACCCAUCACCUGAGGUUAUUGAUAAUAUGGAACUGUGUAAGAAAAUGUUGCUACGGAUACCGGCAUCGGUGGAUAUAAUACAGCAAAAAGUAUCUAAUGUGGAAUAUAAAACUCUGGAAGAGUUUGGCACCGAUAUACAGGAUAUUGCCCAUAACAUUGCCAUAAUUCAUGGAGCGAAUUCUCUCGAGUAUGAUGCUGUCAUGUACUUUGUAACGGAUUGUAUGUAUGAUCUUCACGAAAUUCGUCAGUGUCCAGAUUGUUUCCGGCACUCCAACGAGAAAGCAGAGUCUGAUUGGUUUGCGAGACCCUGUAUCACCCGACAUGAACUAGUUUUUGCAAAGCAAAAAGGAUACCAGUAUUGGCCAGCAAAAGUGAUUCGUGUUUAUAACAGCAAAUACGAUGUUCGCUUCUUUGGCGAUAAACAUUUUCGUGCUGUUAUCGAUGGCACCAAUGUCAAACCAAUAGAUACCGAUUUUCAGGAAAUGAAAAUCAAUCUCAAACAGCGUGGAUUUCAAAAGGCGUUGGAUGAAUUACACAAAUAUCAAGCCAUGGUCAGUCUCCCGAAGGGUUAUUACGCGUAUGGAAAUCAAACAGCGACACCUGUGAAUAUUAUGCUGCGAUCAUCGCAAAUUGGAUCGUUGUAUGUGACAUCGCCGAAGCCGUUGACGGAUGUCAGAAAAAGAGGUCGUAAAUCUAAGCAAGCGUUGAAAAAUGUAAUUACUACAAACGAAACCACUAAUGGUGACACUUCUCCUCAGAAAACUGCACAAAGAACAAGAUCUAAAACACCGGAAAUGCGUAUUACGAGACAAAAAGAGAAACAUUGUUUGGUACCAAUAAGUAAUGAAAUCUCACAGUCGAAUCCGAAAAGACUUCGUCCUAAUUACAAUAUCAUUCCGCUGAAUGGGUCAGGUUCGUCUAACGAAACUCUUGUACGUUCGGAUGGAGAAAAAGAAUCUUUCAAACCACGCAGUCCUCGUAUAAAAGCACAGUUGAAAAACCAAUUUUCGGAAGAUGUUGUGAAAUUGAAGGCUUUGAUGGACGAGAUGGAUGAUGUCGAACAAAUCAAGAAGCUGGCAGUGAAUGCUCUUCAAGAGGAUAUUAAUCGGUGGCAACAAAAAAUUCGCACCUUGAUUACUGACUAUAACGGUCGUAUAUCCGAAGUUAAGCGUAAGCAAUGGUGUAACAGUUGUGAACUUGAAUCGAUACUUCACUGCUGCUGGAAUACAUCGUAUUGCUCGCGGAAUUGCCAAGAAAAGGACUGGCCAAAUCAUAGAAAACAGCACAAAUUCGUUAAGAAAUAAUUUUCGUUUAUUCCUUUGUUUUCACUGAUUAGGGGUAUUCUUACACUGUCACGAUUCCCUUUGUCUUUGCAUUGUCAUGUUGUCGUGACGCUGUGUAUUUUAACAAUUAAUACGUUAGCAUCUUCCUCCUUCAUUAAUCAUUAUCAUAGUAGUAUUGUCACUACGAAUUCUACAUGGCAAUCAUGUAAAAACAAUAGGAAGUAUUUUGGAACGAAAAACAAGCCCGAGGAUCUGAACGUUGGGCGUUAAAACAAAAUACAAAAGAUUGUUGAAUUUAAAAAAGUAAUAAACUGAAUUUAUUCCAAGAAUAAA